AUGCACCCCUUUUCCAUCCUCACCCUCGGCAUCUUCGUAGCUGGCUACAUCACUGCGCGUUGGGACCUCGUCACCCGUCUCUAUGAGCUUGCCAUCUUUGCAGCGGAAUACGGAGUUGUGAUCCGCGCUGCCAAGGGCGUCGUUGUGUUAACUGCUUUAUUCCUCACCAUCUUCGUGCCUGUCGUUUGGGUAGCUAGGAAGGAAACAUUCUUGGCCAGCGAAGUCGAACACCAUCUCAAGGCAGGAUCGUUUUUCAGGAGUGCCCCUCAUUCUCCUGGCCGAAUAUUCGAACUAUGCGGACACUCGUCAAUUCACGUCCUUGGCUUGUCGAACUCAGCCACCCCGUCAACCGUCGACCCCUCCUGGGUCUGCGCAAUUAACCAUCCCUCCUCAACCACCCCAACUAUAACCUGCGCCAAGGCUUCGAGCAUACAGCUUAUUCUUUACGAUAGGCCGCAGCCGAAACGCAUGCAAUACAUUUCGUUGGAGCCAAUUGCCCUGGCUCUUGGAGACAAGAGCCCCAUAGUGGAUGACGACAAGGUGGACGUUACUGAAGACAUUGUCGAGCAACAUGAAAGGUCGGCAAAGGAAGCCAAGCAAAGGCUCGUUGAAAAAUUGAAGCAGCACACCAUUUCCAAUCGAGUCCCUUCGGCUCGUGACAGAGCAAUCCGGAAAAUCAUCAACCAGGUAAAUUGGUCGUGGGAGCUCGAGCAGACACUGCAAAAAAAUGCCUGGCGCCUCGGGCCACGACCGAAGCGAAGUCUCAGUGUAUCGGAGCAAGUCAUGGGAUCGGCUUUGACUAUGAGAAAGUAUGUUCUCAGGCAGCUUUGGACCUUUUUUGCUGUCUACUUAUUCCCCACAAUACGCAAGACCUUUAUACUGCUUCUACUUGGCCAUCGUAUCGUGGCUGAGGCGUUACUCGUCAUUCUCGAGUUCCGGGUCAAACCAGGCUACGCCGCUUUGAAGGAUAUAUCAGCCACGGCACAGCAGAUAGAAAUUCGACUUCAACAAUUUUGUUACUGGCCCAUGCAAUACUCGAAACUGCGCCAGAGAAAGAUGAAUUGGGCAAGUGUCACCACUAGCCAUCCCGAUUAUAUUCGAUUUUACAACAGCCUUUGGCUUGUUGCCAACGACGUAAUUAUCGGCAUGGCUCUCGGUUCCUACGUGAUUGAGCAUGCUGAUUGGGUUGCCGCCCAAAUCGGAGACCUCUUGAGGAUGUACACCGUGGAGGCUCUUCAAAGCAGCAUCUCGUGGUUAAUGGACUAUCCGGCCGGUUUGAAACUCAAUGGCGAGCUGGCAGUGUUCUUGGGUGACUUGUUUCUGUGGGUUAUUGACUACUGGUCAAGCUGCAUAGAAACCCUAAACCCGGCACUGCCAAAAAUGGUAUGGUUCAUCGGAUUCUCGUCUUUUGCAGGCGCCAGCAUGCCGAUUGCGCUGUUCUCGGAUUUGCUCUCCAUAUUGACGAUUCACAUCUAUUCAUUCUACCUCGCAUCGGCCCGCAUCUACCACUGGCAGCUGACGAUUCUACAAUCUCUCUUCCACCUAUUUCGAGGCAAGAAGCAAAAUGUGCUUCGAAACCGUAUUGACUCAUGCGACUAUGACCUUGAUCAGCUGCUUGUUGGCACGAUUUUGUUCACGCUUCUCUUCUUUCUCUUACCCACCGUGGUUGUAUUCUACCUGAACUUUGCCAUUGCACGAAUGGUCAUAAUAUCUAUGAAGGCUGGAUUUGAUACUCUGCUUUCGUGUCUGAACCACUUUCCGCUGUUCGCCCUGAUGCUGCGGAUAAAGGAUGUAAAAAGGUUACCCGGCGGCAUUCGUUUCGAACUUCGAGAUGCCCAAGACUAUAGAGGUCCAGACCCUAAUACUCCUAAUGAGACACCCACCUCGAUCAUAUACCUCAAGGUGAGCGGCGCCGGAUGGACAGCCAUCAAACCACCCACCCACCGACGUGACAUCUUGCCAACAGUUGAAAUUGCAGUCAAUACCUCUGAAUUUCGGUGCCAUGUUUCACCAGUACGCUCAGAUGGCCCAUCGCAUCCGAAAACACUACCUCUCGCCGCGCGUCCUACUAUGUCUUCUCACAGGGCACAUGUUACCGGCAAGACGAGCGACAAUAUGGGAGAUGUGGCGUGCGGUAAGGACAGAAAUCCCACAGAAGAAAGCAUUUCAGUUGCCUAUAAUACCGCCGCUACCGCAUGGCGGCAAAAGGAUGGCGAGCAAUGGGCGUGCCAGAGCCCACUAUUGACAAUUCAAGGCCUGCACGUGCAAGGCUAUUCUAGCGAGACUAUCGCCUUAGCUCACUUUUGGUUCACCCGACCUUUUGAUAUUGCGGCCAAGGCUCGCGGCAAUGCCCGUCUCAUCCUUCUCUUCCCGACAUAUAAUACUAGUCUGUUGAAAAUCUCGACACAAGCCCUUUCUGCUUUCUGCUCUAUUCUUAAUUCCCACCCACGGCCCUCGGUUCACACAGGCCCUCUCGCUUUCCGUCAUUCAACAUGGCUAGAACAAAACCCAGCAAAGGACAAAUGUCCCUUUGGCACCGUGCUGUGCAGCGGAUACCCGUCCACACCCAGCGUGGUCGCGCGAGUGAAGACGUCGCCUACCUGGGUGAGCUCCAAAAUGGUUCUUACACGACGUCCACUCCCCGAGGCAAGAACACACAACAAGAGCAGGUCAGGAAGGGAAAACAAGGACAAGGCGGCUCCAAGAAGCCGUGCCGAGAUGCCCUUGAUAAUUGUCACCACACCAGAAGGCAAGCACUGUCGGCCUGGCGACAUGCCCAAGUGGCAGAAACCUCGUAUCACGGCGGAGAUUCUGGCCACGAUCUCCAAAUGGAAAGACAACAAACUUCUCAGCCCUUAUUGCUGCAAGGAGAAACGUGCCCGCAAGAAGCCUGCAAAGAGAAAGAGGCAGGUCACCGACGUCGAGCCAUCGGAAGAGGAGCCUUGCAGGCGACCACGGGGCCGUAAACUGUGGGCAUGA